AUGGCUAGUAAAGACAUCAAAGAUCCGAAAGCCUUGAAGGCUGCCACCAAAGGCUUCAAGACGACGACCAUCACCAGUGAUGACGAUAUCAUCCUGGAGAGUCCACCUUUGGGUAAUGGCCAGACAUGCCCGUACCACAAAGACGUUCUUGCGGUGAAACAUGCACUGUCCUCGGACAAACGUGUUGAGGAGACCCUCAUGGAGAGAAUGCUCGACAACCAUCCGGGCAAACAGUCGUCGAUCGUCGCUCUUGCCAACAGCAAGCUCAAUAUCACCAAAGGGUGCACCUGCGCUCAAGACAAGCAGUCGACGAAGACUCGCCUGUAG